UAUAAUUGUUCUUGCCAAUGCUAUUCAGGUUUAAAUUGAGAUAGUUAUGUCAUCGGAGGGAAGAAAUGAGGCCAUUGAUGGGUCCUUGGAAUAUGAAGAUGAUGAAAUAAUAGAUUCUCUGACCACUGUACCAGAGCCACAACAUGGACCUUUACCUCAAGCCAAUCACAUUGAUGAUGGUGUUCUUUAUGAAGGAAAGGUAUUUAACAGUGAUGAUGAGGCUUACAAUUUUUACUGUUUGUUUGCGCGAAAAAAUGGUUUUUCAAUUAGACGUCAUCAUGUUUACAAAUCUAUUAAGAAUCAGUCGGAUGAUAAUCCAUUAGGUGUUUAUAAAAGAGAGUUUGUUUGUCAUCGUGCUGGUACUAUUAGCGUAGACAAAGAUAAUGAAGUGGAAGGUAAAAGGAAACGGAAGUCGUCAAGAUGUAAUUGUGGUGCUAAAUUGUUGGUGAAUAUAACAACAAUUAACUCUGAGAAAAAAUGGGUGGUGAAAUAUUUUAAUAAUAAUCAUAACCAUGAGUUAUUAGAUGAUAAAGAGGUUAAAUUUCUUCCUGCUUAUCGAAGUAUUCCAACUAUUGAUCAAGAUCGUAUUCUUUUGUUGUCAAAAGCUGGUUGUUCUGUUAGUUUGAUAAUUAGAGUGCUUGAGUUAGAGAAAAACAUAGAUGCCGGAAAUCUUCCAUUUUUGGAUAAAGACAUUAGAAAUUUCAUUCAAUCUCAAAGUGGUAUUGGUAAAGAAUUUGAUGCUUCAAAUGUUCUCAAAUUAUGUAAAAGUCUUAAAGAUGCAGAUAAUGCAUUUGAGUAUGAAUUUUCAAUCGAUGAAAAUAACAAAUUGGAGCAUAUUAUUUGGGCAUUUGGUGAUUCAAUUCGAGCAUAUGAAGCCUUCGGAGAUGUGAUUGUUUUUGAUACCACUUAUCGAAUAAAUCGUUACGAAAUGCCGCUUGGAAUUUUGGUUGGGGUCGAUAAUCAUGGCAAUUCCAUUUUCUUUGGUUGUGUUCUAUUGAAAAAUGAGAAGAUUCCUUCCUUUACAUGGGCUAUAAAGACUUUUCUUAGUUUUGUUAAAGGAAAAUAUCCACAAACAAUUCUUACAGAUCAAGAUCUUGCAAUGAAAGAAGCUAUUUCAAUGGAAUUACCAAACACAAAACAUGCAUUUUGCAUAUGGCAUAUCCUGGCAAAGUUACCAACUUGGUUUUCUCUUCCAUUAGGGUCGAGAUACGAUGAUUUUAAAGAUGAGUUUUAUCGAUUAUACCAUUUAGAAUGUGAAGAUGAUUUUGAGAGGGAAUGGAAAUUGAUGGUUGAACAUUUUUGUCUUAGCAAGGAUAACCAUAUUGACCUGCUCUAUUCGCUUCGUCAAUUUUGGGCACUAGCUUAUUUGAAGGACUUCUUUUUUGCUGGAAUGACUACAACUGGACGUUCAGAAUCUAUAAAUUCAUAUAUAAAAAGAUUCUUGGGAGCCAAUACAAGUCUGACUGAUUUCAUAAAUCAAGUUGGGGUUGCUGUUAACAUUAGAAAUCAAGCUGGAGAAGAAGCAAGAAUGCGCCAAAAGUACCAUAAUCCUCGUAUUAGAACGUGUUUUCCUAUUGAGGAACAUGCCGCAUCUAUUCUUACACCUUAUGCCUUUAAGUUGAUUCAACAUGAGAUUGAGUUGUCUACAAAAUAUGCGGCAACUGAAACUAAUAAUAGUGUAUUCAUUGUGCGACAUCAUACCAAAAGUGACGGAGGCCGCUUUGUAAGUUGGAUACAAGAAAAUGAAUCAAUCCAUUGUUCUUGCAAGGAAUUUGAAUUUACUGGGAUAUUAUGUAGACAUGCUUUUCGGGUGCUUGUGAUGAAAAAUUAUUUUACCCUCCCUUCCAAGUAUCUUCCUCUUCGUUGGAGACAAGAAAGUUCAUUGAUUCCAAAAUCUAGUCACAUGAUUAACAACAAUGGUGGCUCGCUUGUUAAGUUUAGGUCCUUAAUUCAAAGUCUAGAAAUUGAAUCGUUGAAGACAAAAUUACGAGAACAAGCUGCAACUAGAGAGUUAGAGAAAGCCAUUCAAGUGAUUAAAGCCAUGCCUGAAAUUGAAGAAAAGUUGGUGGGUGUUGAUUCUACGGUUCCAGAUAAUGAUGAGUUGAAUGUUGAAAAUCCUUUACCUUCAAAAACAAAAGGUCGACCAAAAGGAUCAAGGCUAAAAGGAGGAGUUGAAAUUGCAAAGAAACCUCGUCAUUGUCAUGUUCCAAAUUGUGGUGGAACUGAUCAUGACUCGAGGAAUUGUCCAAAUAAAAAGAAAAAUAUUGAAGCAUUACCUUCUCAAUCUCCUAAUAAGAGGAUGAAGGGUUGGAGAAAAUCAUCUUAAUAGUGAGAUAUGUUGUUGCUGCUGCUGUUGUUUGUUGUUGCUACUGCUGCUGCUGGUGUUGUACUUACUGUUGCCGUUUGUUGUUGCUGCAAUGGCUGUUUGUAUUUUUUUAUUUUUUUUUGGGGGGGCUCUUCUUGCUGCUGCUGCUGUUGGUGAUUGUGGAUUUAUGUUUUGGCUUGUUGUUUAAGUGUUUUGACACUAUGUAAGACCUGAUUGUUUCACAACAUUGAAUUAUGGUACUGUUAUUAUUAGUUUGAUAUUGAGAA